CUCGGCGACGCUCCCGCGCCUUCGCCUUAUCCGCCCCGGAUCGGCGACGAGCAGCGAUAAGAGCGAUCGUCGCGGAGUCCCUCGCGGCUUCGAGGUCGCGGCCUGCCUUACCGACCGGGGAAGCGGACCCUCGGGAGGAGAGGACGUGCCCUAUGAGCCCGCUGAGCGAGGAAGCGCCGGUCUUCGGGGAGCCUUCUCAAGGAUCCUAAGGUCUCUCCCGGUCUCCUCCCCCCCGCUGCAGUCCUGACUUCCCUGUUCUUCUCCUCGCUCCCGGCCGGCCCCGCGCUGCGAGAAAAGGCCCCAAACAUUCUCGACAUCAUGGACAUGAGCAGCGAGUCGAGCGCGGCGAGGUGGUACGAGCCCCCGCGGGCCUCCCUCGAGCCGCCGUCGGGGGCGGGUGGCGCUGGCGUCGCGGGCGUUGCAACCACCCCCGACUACCGGGGCUACUACCCCCACGCUGCACCCACCCCCCAUCACCCCGCCGCGGCUGCACACUACGCCCACAGUCGGAUGUCCGGAAGCGGCGUGUCGAGCGGGCCGGUGAGCCAGGUCUGCAGGCCACACUUCCACAGCUCGGUGCUGCACCCGUGGCUGUCGGGGACGACCGCGGACGCGUCGAAGCCCUGGGGCUUCCCGGCGACGGCGGCGUCGACGGGGUCGGCCUCGGGGACGGAGGAGAAGCCGCAGAGCCCGCUGGGCUCGUCGCUGCCCCCGACGUCAGGGAGCCUCUCGAGCCACGCGGGGGCCGGGGGCGGCCACCACCUGUUCUCGUUCCCGCCGACGCCGCCUAAGGACGCGACGCCGGACAGCAUCACGACGAGCACGACGUCGAGCUCCAACAACGCGAACAACGGGGCCAGCGGGGCGAGCGGGGCGGCGGGCGGAGGCCCCCAGGGGGGCGGCCUGGGCCUCGGGGGCGGCGGCGGGGGCGGCAGCAGCGAGUACCAGGCGGCGGUGGCGCACGCCGCCGUGAUGGGCGCCUUCAUGCACCACCAGGACGCCCUGGGGGCGGCCGCCGGCGGGUCCUGCGACGUCAAGCCCUCCGUGAUGCUGGGACACCACCACGGGGCGCCUUCGCCGCCCCACCAGCACAACGGCACCAACGCCUCCGGCCAGGUGAAGCCGCGCGAAGGUAAUAACCAGUCGGGCCAGACGGCGGCGGCGGCGGCGAGCCAGCAGGCGACGGCCAACCAGCAACAGCAGGAGUACCAGGGCCAGGGUGCCAACUCACCCCGGGACGCGUACGCGUCCCACCACACGCCCGCCUCCCAGUACGACCCCACCGCCGCGUACAACGUCUACCAGCACCUCCAGUACCCCGGCCACCACUCCCACAAUCCCCAUAACGGACCCACCCUCUUUGCCGGGGCACACCACGCGCCCACCCCCGGCCUCACCGGGGUCGCCCCCGACGCCAAACUCCUUGGCUCCCACGGGAACACCCCGAGCUCGCCCGGCUCCCAGCAGCAGCAGCAGCAAAAGCCCAGGAACAAGUCCAAAACGUCCGCCGAGGGUCGCGAGUGCGUCAAUUGCGGAGCAACCUCGACACCCCUUUGGCGACGAGAUGGCACCGGACAUUAUCUCUGCAACGCUUGCGGACUCUAUUACAAGAUGAACGGCCAGAAUCGACCCCUCAUCAAGCCGAAACGACGCCUGAGUGCUGCCAGAAGGGCGGGCACGAGCUGCGCAAAUUGCAAGACGGCGACGACCACCCUCUGGAGAAGGAACCAAGCCGGCGAACCUGUAUGCAACGCUUGCGGCCUUUACUACAAGCUUCAUAACGUAAACCGGCCAUUGACGAUGAAGAAAGAGGGCAUCCAGACGAGGAACCGAAAACUCUCGUCGAAGAGCAAAAAGAAGAAGACUGGAGGCUGUUUGGGGCUCGGAGGUGUCAUGGGCGACAUGAUGAAAGCUGGUGCACAUCUUGACUUGGACAACAAACCUUUCCACUCUGGCUUCGGCUCGCCCAUGGGGACUUCCCAGCAUCAUCACACGAUGCAUCCGGCGAUGCAACAUUACAUGUACCACACGGGGGUUGGUGUCACCGGUGGUCUUCAUCAGGGAUUCGCACCCCCUCCGGCGCCUCCACCUAUUCAUCCCCAUUCGCACUCGCAUUCGCAUUCGCAUCACAUGGCGAGUCUUCAGGGUCUCCAGCUCGCUGCGACGACGAACGCCAUGACCGGCUGGCGAUCGGAAUACACAUGAAUUGCGAGCGAGGAGCAGCUCAGGACGCAGCCCACCAUUCUGACAUAAACUUAUAAUUUCGCAUGCAGUACAUAUGCAGUUUGAGAGGGUAUACACACAUACACACACUUAGCGCGGCGAGCGAGCGAGCGCGCAGGUGGAGAGCCGCGGAUGAUUCUUUCUGUACAUAUGUAAAGAAGUAUAUAUAGGGCCAUCGAGCCCCGGCCCCAAGUACAAACGAAGUCAGCUGUCGUGUCGAGUCUUGAUAUCUGUAAAUAUACCGUAGUAUCUCGAGGAGAUCUCGCCUGAGUGGGAAAACGGGAGCGAGAAAAGCGCCCACUUCGCUCGGAGGUCCGCCGCGGCGGGUCGGAAAACGCGGCCGCGCGUUUCUCGGUUAAUUCCGUAAAAGCGUAGCCGAAUAGCCCGACCAAAGGCGAGAAAAAAAGCCCGGAGGAAAAUGGAAAAUGAGGGAAGACGGAUAAAAAAGAAAGAAAAUACGAAAGGCCACUCGGCGCCACAGGAUGCUGGAGGACUCGCGAUUCCUCGAUCGCGCCUCUUAGUCAUUUCCGCACCCCGUUUCGGCGGUACUUCUUAUCACUUCCUCCCACGCUCGUGGAUUCCCAAAUUGCGGACGCGAGGAUAAAACCCGGAGGGUCCAAGACGAGACUUCGGAUCCUUUCCGAAGGGGGUAUGAAACCCCGCGUAGGAAUGCGUCUCCUGCGCUCAGAGAAAUUACCCCGAUUAAUAAUUCAUUAAGAUUUCCUGAGAAUGAGGACUUCGCCAAUAUGGCCGACCAAAUCGUCGUAUUUAUUUGGUCGUCUCGUAGCUACGGGACUAACUCCUCGAAAUUCGUACGUUUAGGGGUUAAGGGUGAAAUUAAUGGGCGAAGGAAAAGAUGAUAAGUGUUCUCUGAGCGUGGCCUCCCCUUAGUUUCGAAAUUAACCCUCGUUUCUCAUUCUCCGCGCCGCGGCCACCUCCGAGGACGGACCCUAAAGUAGACCACUAAUUGAAAAUAUCGUGCAAUUUAAACGUAAUUACGGAGAUUUAUGUGCGCACACGAUCGGCCGGUCUUUCCUUCGGGGUUUCACCGGGCGGGUUCGGGUCGAUUCGGACGAUUUUCUUUUUUCCUCGAUUUUUCGCCGAUUUUAGCAUUUUUCAUAUCCCGCCGUUUUGGGGCCCGCGACUCCUCCGCGCUGUGUGACAGUACCUUAAGCGUCGUUCUCGCCGAUUUGGCUCGAAGCUAGUUUCGUUCUUUAAAUCUAAGCUUGCAUUUCCUCCUUCCUUUAACUCGAGCUGAAAAUGGCGGAGCCGAUUUUUAAGGAUGCGUAUCGACCUCGACCCGUCCGCCGGAAUCUUUGCACUUGGAGAGAAGCUUAGAAGCGAGUUUUGCAUGUUGCUGCCUCCGCAAAGUAUUCGGAUUCUCGAUCAAAUUUAAUACUGAAUUACGGCCAAUCGUUGUUGGAUUUUACCAAACGGGUCACCAGGUAUUCUGGAAUCCUUUCCCCUUAGAAAAUCAAACAUACGACAGGCUCAAACCAUUUUUCCACAAUUAACUAUUCAGUCAGAUUUCUGUAAAAUUUCGGAAUCAGAUUUAUUCCCCCACGUGUUCUACUCGCGCAAACUGAAAGUACAGAAGUGAACUGAGAUUUUCUCUCCUGCACUUUCGGGGCCGCGGUCCAAAAAAUUGAGGAAUGAUCCAAAAUCCAAAGCUGGAUACAUUUUCCAUGAUAAUUACAUUGGACUUCUUUUGAGGGUCGGGAAGGAUCUAAAGGAUCCAUGGUGCAGACAUAGACGUAGGAUAUAUGGAGCCUGCGAAAAAAUGUCCUUUUCUCGUAAAAGCUGAAAAAAGGAAACGAAGCGAAUAGUCGGGUUAUUAUUUAUUUCUCUCUUCCUUGCUGUUAAAAAGUUCGCCAUAUUAGGUUGCGCAACUGUUUAAGGUAAAAGGAGAGAGAAAAGCCGAGAAAUUAAUUUUCUCUCAUCUAUUUCUCCCUUCGUGGCCAAAAUCAGUAUCCAUACAUCCUCCGUCCACGUGUGCAGACCGCCCCUUGUUCGGUGAUCUGUACUUAAAAAAUCCGUCGGUUUUUCUUCUUCUUUUUUUUAUGUUUCUUCCUUCUCUCGCGAAAUCUGAGAAUUCAAGAAACGCAAAAUUCGACUUCGAUCUCGAGCCGAGGAAUCGGCCGUCGAUCGUGGACGCUUCGUGUGUUGUACCGGUUAGCGAUAAGAGAGUUCAUAAAUUAUAUUUCCGAGUGUGCGUCAGCGAUUGCCAUUGCCGAUCGUUGCCGCUGCGCGCGCACACACACCCACACACACAUACGAAACACACGUAUACACGCAAAAUCCCACAGACACCUAUUCCUACACACACAGAGAGACAUAAAGACACACGUCCACACAAAUGUAGCGGUACUUAGUCAAAUAACACAGUCACGCGUACCCAUGGAAUAAAUACACGCGCACGCGCGUGCAAAAUGUAGAGAGAGAGAGAGAGAGAGAUAAGGAGCGAGAGAAAGUGAGAGAGAGAGAGAGAGAAAGUGGAGGAACACGGAGGUGUAAGGGCAACUAUACACGUGUAAAUUUUGUAUCUUUCAAGAUUGUGUAUCGUUAUCGUAACAUUAUGCGUAAUGGUAAUCUUACCCUCGAGGAUAAGUGAUUGUGCAUAAAUUUAGCGACUAGAUACUGAGAAAAUACACUUACUAGGUAGUCGAAGAAGUAUGGGAGUGCGAGUGAGACCGAUAGACGGGGGCGAGGGCGGGAGCAAGAGAGACGGAGAUACGCGCGUUAUCACGAGGGGACCGUGAGAGGGAGAGAAAGAGAGACGGGGGACUUCUUGAGGGCACUUGUGAUUUUUUAACAGAAAAGGCUCACGGGAAGGAUCCUCUCGUGUGAUUACGAAUUAAUCGUCGGGAUUCUCUGUGGCUCGCGGUGAAUUUAGCGCGACUACCCGCCCCGUAAUCAGUGGCGCUGAUAACCGGGGCGCGGGGGUCGCGGAAACCCGGCGAGAGAGCAGUUGCGAUUUUCCGGAAGACUGACGUGCUGGAAUUUUCGAAAAUCGCAAACACUACUUUUUGUCACACACAUGGACGCCUUCGGCGGGGGGCGGGGCGCCGACACACGCAGGAUUAUUACACGGACAGAGACACCGAGAGAUUUGAUAUAAAACCUAUAUAUAUAAAUAUUCUAUAUAGUAUUACUAGGGAGUAGUGUGUAGACUGUAAAAUAUGAUUUCCAUGCGAGUGCGAGCGAGAGCGAGAAAGCCAGCGAGAGAGACGAGCCGAGGUUUCAUGCAAUAGGAGCGAGCGAGAUAGGCGUAUCUAGAUUGCGACGGUGUAAAUGAAUGUAAGAUAUUAUUGUAAAAACGAGAAGUUUUAACUUAAAAUAAAUUAAAUGAUAAAUCCA